UUUCGUUGUCAAACUCAUCUAGGAAAAAUGGAUGGGAAUAUACAGAACAUCAAAAAAUGGAUUGUGUUUUACCCGAUAUAUAUAAAUUCGAAGAAGACGAUAGCAGAGGGAAGGCGAAUCAGUGUCAGCAAAGCUUGUGAAAACCCUACUUGUGCUGAGAUUCAAGAUUGUUGCAAUCACCUUAAAAUACCCAGCGCUAUUGAGAUUGAUAAGGCAUAUCCACGUGACUUUAUGCAAAGAGGGAGAGUGAGAGUUUUGCUGAAAAAGGAAGAUGGAACUUUGUAUAAUCCAGCCAUUUCUUCCAGGAAACAGCUAAUGAUCCAUGUUGCAGAGUUGGUACCUAGACAUCCUAAUAGGACCAAGAAGCAGGAGCCAGCAUCCUCCUCGGCAGCUGGUCCUUCCAAAUCUGGAAAGGGUGGGAAAAAGAGGAGAUAGUUCUUCCAAUGGUGAAUAUACAACUGAAGCAAAAGGGUGUGAAAAAGAAGGGGUUGUUCCAGUAGUUAAAUAUGCAACGGAAGAGAGUUUCUAUUAAUUACUUUUAGACUUGGAUAUAUAGACCUGACAAGACCUGUACCAUUUUCAAGCUCAAGCAGAAUAUUUCUUUGUUAACAUGGUUUGACUGUGACUUUGCCUUUUCUAUUUGCUCUAGCGAGGGCUGCGAGGUAUACAUUUUUGGACCAAUAUAACUGAGUUUUCCGAACUUCUUUGCUUGGUUGGUUUUAACAUUUGAAUUGAAUGAAAAUGAAUCCAAUUCUUAA